AUGAAGUUUGGCCAGAACCUUGCUUGCCUAUCAAUACCAGAGUGGAAGGUCUACAACAUCGACUACAAUGACUUGAAAGCGUCUAUCCGCGGCAUCACGCAGAAGCAAGAGCCGGCCUCUCUCGUGAAUCUCCACGGCAAGUUCAUCGAGAACUUUGACUACGUGAACUUGUUCCUCUCGACCAAGACGGGCGAGCUUCAGCGAAAGCUACAGCUAUACAAGACAGACUUGGAGCUAGUUCUCCAGGCUGAUAUCGACGCUGCAGCCAAGUACCGCAAGCUUGUGCCCUUCCACUCCCAUGUCAUCAACGACGUCUCCGUGACCGUCAAGAAACUCACAAAGUACAUCUUGGUGCAGAAGAUCGCCUUGAAGAAGAUAUUCAAGAAACUCGCCAAGCACUACCCGGACCAGGCCAAGUCCUCCAAGUUCAUUGCAUCGCUUUCCCACUACCUCCAUGUCAACCCACGUUCCUUUGUCAACUUUGACUUGUCUCCGCUCACAUCCCAGCUAGCAGCACUUCUAGAGGACAUUGAGAGAGAGUCAAGAAGCAUCCAUUUGUCCAUGCAUCGCAAGUACACUUACGCCACACCUCAGGGCCAGCUCAAGAAGUCGGCCUCGUGCUCCUCCGUGGGCACCAAUGUUGCUUCAGCUGCUUCGGAAGAGUCUUCGUUGUAUGAAAACCUUCAUGUCGACUACAAUGUUGACCAACUCGCCAAGUUUGACCUUGUGAGCAAUCUCAAGAAGAACUUUGCUUUGCACUCCUUGCUUCCAAAGGACACUACUUCUAGAAAUGAUCUUGCCCUUUGCAUUGAUGUGGUUCUCAACCUCCAGAAACUCAAGGGCCCUUCCAAGAUGUCUGUGACGUACUUGACCCAGGGUUCAGAGGACCAGAACCCUUCGUACAUUGUCUCCCACGAGCACCAGAAGUCUUCUGUUCUCAUUGUCCACACCGGUGGCUUGAGGAAGUACUCCUAUUGCUGCCUCCCCAAUCUUGUUGCUGAGGCCCUCCUUCAGUAUAUGCUUUCAGAAGAUGACGCUACUCAAAUCAAGGCUGAAAAUCUCUUGACUGAGUAUCUCUCUUCGCAUGAGGUAACGGCUAUGACUAAGCUCACCAUUAACGCUUUGGUCUGGAAUAACUUGAGACCGUCUCUCAAGCUUGUGUUUGACAGAACGAGAUUCUUUUUGCAUAAAAACGCUAGUCAGCAUAAUGGCAUGCCUGGUCACGAAGGUGCCUCUGCUUCGGUUUCACCAUUGACCACCGGAAGCGAGUAUCUUCCUGAAACUUCUAAUGCCACCUCCACCGUUGACAAUAGAGACUAUGAAGACAGUUUCUACAUGCUCCUCGAUGAAAACAUCUUCACACUGGAUGAAAUCGAUUCUCGUAUCCUGUUUGACAUAGGCCACAUGGAUCCCUUCCCGUUCAACAAAUUCAGCAUUCACAGCAACGGCACCAAUUUGUACAAUUUCCAGGAGUCGCUUAAAACAACUAUCGAGGGCAAUCAGCUUGUCAACAAGUACAGAUCAAUCACCCUCAAGAAGUUGCCUGUCAAGGUGCAAAACCUUUUGCUCAACUCUUUGGUUCAUCCCUUCAAAGACUUCAACUUGUACGACUACAUGAGAUCGUGUUACUUCAAUUAUAUCCCUGAGGAGCAGAAUAAUCACUACCUGCAAAUCUUGAAUAUCAAUUUGUUCAAGAAUUACGAGAACGUGGAAUACGUUAACAAUCAGAAUGUCUUUGACGAGGGUCUCAUUCAAGACAAGUCUCGAGUCAUUCUCAGCCGACUGAAGUCAUGUACCUCUUUACAGAACACGCUAGAUCCUCAGGCUAGAGGUAGCGUUCUGCCCAAGCGAAGAAAUUCGAUUGAUAAGAACGUUAGCAGUGUCAGACUGUAUCAACUGUUUGAUCCCGACUAUGUCAAGCGUAUGAACGACUUAAGCGCACUUGAAAACAUUGGGGACGAUGAUGACGAGAAUUACUACUGGUACCUACAAUAUAGCAGUGACUUGGAUGAUUCGUUCCUUAAUAACGUUAUCUUGUCUUUUAUUAGGUCGAAGAUGAGACUCCUCAGAUCAUUCCGUGUUUUUAGAAGACUCUCCUAUUCGCACAAAGAGAAGGGUCUUCUAGACGCUGAGAAUGGAAGCGUCUUUAGAUACGAUUCGCUUGACGAGGAACCACUGUACUUGAACAACGAAAGCGAUUACCAAGUCCGUUUUGUGCAUGACUACGACACCAUACUAUCCUUCAUUUACUUCACCUUGUGUUUUACAUCGCUUUUCAUUUCUGGCAUUAAUUUUGGCAUUAUAUUUGGCAUUCUCAGACUUCAGCAGGAGGAGGUUCAAUUCAGUGAUGCCAAUAACAUGUUUGUUUUCAUUAUGCUCGUGUUUGGAUUCCUCUUUGCCCUUAUCUUCAGCAUGAUCAGCAUCAAUCUUAAUCUUCAAAGGCUCCGUCACCUGCCCGCGACCCAUCUGGGUAUCAUUUGGACUGGCUUCGUUGUGGUGACCGCGUCCAUCUUAUGGACCGUCAUCAUGAUUUUUACAUAG